AUGUUCUCGGUUCAGGAGAUAGACCAAGUAGCUACAUCCGGCCGAUCUAAGUCUAGAAAAUGGCCGACAAAACCAAAUCACGGCAUAGGCGCGCCCACCAGCUGGAAAAAACUUCAUGGAGCUUCAUUAACACACUUCCAAAGGAAGAUUACAAAACGAACCAGUCAAUCUCAAGGAUGGCCAAGAAACCUCUCCCUAGAGCCGAUUGGACCACUUUGUGAAGGAUCUCUCAAACCGCUCGUUCGAAUGGUCUCCAACCUCACCAAUGGGCAUCAACUAUCAGGUUGGUCAAUGAAAUUGCAAUAUGGGUCGAGGAAUUCUUUAUGUUUUGUUCUGUGGUUCAUAGCAUACCCUGUCGGACGACCGAAAUGGACCAUACUCGGCCAAAUCGCAAACCGGAGUGAACCAGGCCCUGAAAUUCAAUACUCACCGACGAAUAUCACAUGA